GUCGUAGCCCGCAAGCUUCCUACUGUUCAAGAUGGCUGACGAUGAUGUCCAAGCUCUCGUUGUCGACAACGGCUCCGGCAUGUGCAAGGCCGGUUUCGCCGGUGAUGACGCCCCGCGCGCCGUCUUCCCGUCGAUCGUCGGUCGCCCGAAGCACCCCGGUAUCAUGGUCGGCAUGGACCAGAAGGAUGCCUAUGUCGGUGACGAGGCCCAGUCCAAGCGUGGUGUCCUCACGCUGAAGUACCCGAUCGAGCACGGUAUCGUCACCAACUGGGACGACAUGGAGAAGAUCUGGCACCACACCUUCUACAACGAGCUCCGCGUCGCCCCGGAGGAGCACCCGGUCCUCCUCACGGAAGCGCCGUUGAACCCCAAGGCCAACCGUGAGCGCAUGACGCAGAUCAUGUUCGAGACGUUCAACGUCCCGGCCAUGUACGUCAACAUCCAGGCCGUGCUCUCGCUGUACGCCUCGGGCCGCACGACGGGCUGCGUGCUCGACUCGGGUGACGGUGUCUCGCACACGGUCCCGAUCUACGAAGGUUACGCCCUUCCCCACGCCAUUGUCCGCCUCGACUUGGCUGGCCGCGACUUGACGGACUACAUGAUGAAGAUCCUUACCGAGCGUGGUUACUCGUUCACGACGACGGCCGAGCGCGAAAUCGUGCGUGACAUCAAGGAGAAGCUCACGUACAUUGCCCUCGACUUCGACCAGGAGAUGAAGACGGCCGCCGAGUCGUCGGGCCUCGAGAAGUCGUACGAGCUUCCCGAUGGUAACGUCAUUGUCAUUGGCAACGAACGCUUCCGCACGCCCGAAGUGCUCUUCCAGCCUGCCCUCAUCGGUAAGGAAGCGUCGGGUAUCCACGACUGCACGUUCCAGACGAUCAUGAAGUGCGACGUCGAUAUCCGCAAGGACUUGUACUGCAACAUUGUCCUCUCGGGCGGUACCACCAUGUACCCGGGUAUCUCGGAGCGCAUGACCAAGGAGCUCACGGCCCUUGCGCCCUCGACCAUGAAGAUCAAGGUCGUCGCCCCCCCGGAGCGCAAGUACUCGGUCUGGAUCGGUGGUUCGAUCCUCUCGUCGCUCUCGACGUUCCAGCAGAUGUGGAUCUCGAAGGCCGAAUACGACGAAAGUGGUCCCUCGAUCGUCCACCGCAAGUGCUUCUAAGCGCUUUCUGUGGUCGUGCCCGCGCCAGCAGUUUUGUAUUCCGAUGAAUGAAAGGUAGAUGGGCUUCGAGGCUUCAGUGCUUCGGUCCUUUUUUAUUGAUUGGACUGCGUACUCUAUGGCGUAUUGCGCAGUAGGAAGAAUUAACCUUUUUUAAAUCUAGUUAUUGAACUCAA